GCCGACAAAAACAAUACCUGAAAAUGAGUGGAAGAGGAAAAGGAGGAAAGGGACUCGGCAAAGGAGGCGCCAAGCGUCACCGCAAAGUUCUCCGUGAUAACAUUCAGGGCAUCACCAAGCCCGCUAUCCGCCGUCUGGCUCGCCGUGGCGGAGUGAAGCGUAUCUCCGGUCUGAUCUACGAGGAGACCCGUGGGGUGCUGAAGGUGUUCCUGGAGAAUGUGAUCCGUGAUGCCGUCACCUACACCGAGCACGCCAAGAGGAAGACGGUGACCGCCAUGGAUGUGGUGUAUGCCCUGAAGAGGCAGGGCCGCACUCUGUACGGCUUCGGAGGUUAAACAUCUACACCCUGACAUACCUGGAACAACAACGGCUCUUUUAAGAGCCACCCACAUUACUCAAAAAGAGACAUUCCUUUUGAUGAACUUUAUAUCAAACCUAAACUCCAUCUCCAAAACUCUUGCUUUGAUACUGGAUAUUAAAAAUGUAGACUAUUUCACAAUGUUGUUUAUCCGACAUCCAAUGAUAUGUUCGUAGAGGAUAAAGUCUCCACAACUACAGCCACAACCACGACUGCUCCAAAAACUUCUGCUUCCAGCUGUGUCGGGUUUCUUAAACUUUUGAAAUAUGUUUUAAUGGUGAAAUACACCGGGAUAUUAAGGACUAACUCGCUUA